GCUGUCACGGACUGACAGGUCGCUCCCACCCGGUGUAGCCGUUAGCUCGGCGGUACUUUCUGCUGCUGCCUUGUCUUGGAAUGCUUUAGCGCCAGAGAGCGAAGCGAAAACUGAGAUGCGAGAACAAUAAAACUCCAAGUUGGCUUCGUUCAAAAAGGAAAACAACAACAGCCAAACCACUCCGGUUGGAGAGAAAGAGGGAGAAGCUGAGUGAGAAGGGAAGAAGAGAGCAACAGAGCGACCAUGGACCACCAACGGCAGAGGACUCUGUCCACUUCAGGAGAAUCGCUCUACGUUGUCCUCGGAGUCGACAAGAGCGCCACAACAGAGGACAUCAAGAAAUGUUACAGAAAACUGGCAUUGAAGUUUCACCCGGACAAAAACCCGGACAACCCGGACGCGGCUGAAAAGUUUAAAGAAAUAAACAACGCUCACUCCAUCCUGGUGGAUCCCACCAAGAAGAACAUCUACGACAAAUACGGCUCCCUGGGCCUCUACGUGGCGGAGCAGUUUGGAGAGGAGAACGUCAACACCUACUUUGUUCUGUCCAGCUGGUGGGCCAAGGCUUUGUUCGCCUUCUGUUGCCUGGCAACAGGUUGCUACUGCUGCUGUUGCCUGUGCUGCUGCUGUAACUGUUGCUGCGGUAAAUGUAAACCCCGGCCGCCGAUGGACCAGGAGCCCGAGUUCUACGUGUCCCCUGAGGACCUGGAGGCCCAGAUGACUGCAGACGAGAGAGACGGCAGCGAUCCCAUCGUCCUGCAGCCGUCAUCGGCCACAGAAACCACCCAGCUCACCUCUGAAGCGCACCAAAGCUACAAAACCGACUCCUACUAGACACACACACACACACACACACACACACACACUCGCACGCACACACACACACACACACACACAGCAGAAAGAGGCUGCUAGGGCUGGGAGGUGCAUCCACUUUAAUUUAUUAUUAAUAUUUAUGUGAAACAGCAUAAAAACACAUCAGUAUCGGGUGGAUUUAGCUGCACCAACUUUAACCCACUCACUCGUCUUGCUAAAGACGCUGGAGCUUUUUGGACAAACUUUUGCUGCUGUUUCAGUUGCGUUGCUUUGAGGUUUGUGUUCACAUCUCUGUUAACAUGUCACAUUUUUGUGGCAUCAAAAUGAAACUGCAGUUGAAAUUAAUAAAUCUGUGUGGAAUGCAGAAUAAUUGUAAAAAUGGACUGGCAAAAAUUUGCUAAAUCGACCCUAAAAGUUGCCAAAAGUUGACCAUGUCUAGUUGCUCAACGCCGUUUUCAAAACGUUUAUUUUCUGCCACUUUUGUUAAUUUGGACUCAUUUCUGAAUUGAACAUAAAGCUGUUUUUAUCUGAUCACAACAGAGAAACAUCACCACAGCAUGAUGCUGCCAUCACCGUGCUUUACUGUGCCAAACAUACUUUUUGCCACAUUUAACAAUUAUAUUAGUAAUAGAUUAUUCUGACGAUUAAUCGAUUACUCAGAUUUAAAAAAAUGCAAUAUCUGGACGUUUUUUCCAUUUAACAACUUAAGAUUAUUUCACAAUUUCAAAAUAUGUAAAAACAUUCUAAUAAACAAUUAAAUGUAGUUUUUAAAAUAACUAAAUAAACAUUUUAUCAUUUUCAUAUACAGCUCUUUCUGCUUCACGUAACAUCAAUACUGUCUUGAGUUGACCUAUUGGCUGUUUUUUUUCAAUUAACCAAUUAAUAAUUAAGAAGGAGAAUGUGAUUAAUAAGAGAAUUGUGCAGAAUUUCAACCAGGUGAAGCUGAAACUGACACCUGAGGAGUUCUGGGUAGAAAAUACUUACAAGCACUGAAGGUUUUCCAUUUAAAAUGCACAAUGUGUGUGUGGUUUGUUCACAUUUGGUUUAAUUACUGCUCUGAGUGUGUUGCUCUUUCAGCUAUUGGCCUUUUUUUGAGUCUUUUUUACUCCAGUUAACGAUUCAUCGAUUACUACAUUAAUUGACGACUAUUUCAAUAAUCGAUUAAUGGUGAUUCAUUCCGGCUCUAAAAUGCUGGACUUUAUUUUUGAGUAAAUUAUGUGAACUACAUCUUUAAUAUUUUUAAGAAAGAGACUGAAUGCUGCCUUUCUGAACGGCACCUUUUCAUUUUCUUCAUGCUAACAGAAUGUGGCGUUUCAGCAGGAAUGUGCUCAGAGAAACAGACAUUUUUGUUAAAAUUUAAAAUUGAAACUAAAUAAAAGCUGGUUCUGAAAGGACAUUUUGGAACUCCAGCGUUAGUUUGCUGAACCGCUCGGAUGUUUCUCAGCAGAUCGGGAUAUUUUAACAGAGAAAAGCUUCAGUUGGUGCUUUUAUUUGUCUCCACUGUGUGUAAAGAUGCAGCCCAGCCCUAACAGCUGCUCUCUCUCUCUCACACACACACACACACACACUCACGCACGCACACACAGACACAUCCCUGCCAGUUUUCCACUUCCCCUCUUUUUCAACCUCAUCCUGCAGAUAAAAGUAAACGUGAGCUCUUCGUGUUUUUAAAAAAAAAAUUUCAGGUAUGAAAUUAGGGGAAGAAUAGGGACAGUAGCAAAUUAAUCAUUUGUUCCAGUAGCUUUAAUUAUAUCAGCCAUGACCCAUCAGAACCAAAUCAGCUGUAAAAAUGUAAUUGUUCCUUUAAAAAAAGUACUUUGAUGAAAUAUCUAACUUUAUGCAAUAACAUUUAACAGUUUUAUUUAAAAACAAAAAUGUUUUUCUUUGAAGAUGGGAAAUUGUUCCAGCUUAUUUGAAUAAUUAAUAAUAAUUUCAUGUCUGUAGAAUCACCAGCAUUACUUUGAAUGCCAGAUUAUUCUUCCUGAAUCUACAAAAACGAAUUAUGGAAACUUUCCAGUUUAGUGAUGGGAUUUUGCCAUUCCCAUCAGAUUUAAGAACCAGGUGCCAUUUUGAUUUGGGUUUUCUGUUUUAUCACAGCUGAUUCUUCCUCUUCUCCAUUUCUUUUUCUUCUUAUAUGAAGGUAGGAACAUGAAGGAACUUAUGAAGGUUUGUUCAGUGUUGAAAACAGAGGCCACAGAAACUCUUCUGGUUUCAACCGGCAUCUUUGUUAUUGGAAAAUAGCUCUAGAACAGUAAAGAAGCGCCCCCUAGCGGCCAUCGCGAAUUUAUACACUGAUUUUACCCCGGGGGUUUUUUGUUUUUGUUUUGUGAAAUGGUGAAAAUGCUGUACAUGUUGUGUAAAGUUACUGUAGAUUUUACUGUGUCUUUUGUUUGUUUUCUUGUCUGCAUCUGUAUUUGCUUUCUCUUUGUUUUUGUUUUCCUUGUUUAUGUGGUUCAUGAAGGGACGAUACUGAUAUCCAAAGUCUUACUUAAUCGUGUUUUCGUAGAAAAGCAGUUUACAACAAUCGAUCUCAUGAAGCGAGAUUUAUUUAUCCUACAUAAAUCUUUAAGCGAACCGAAUCAGUUUUAUAAAACUGGGCGUAUUUAUUCACUUUGAUUCUAUUCUGUAGCCCACUGCUACCACAGCAUGUUAGGGGCAGUAUAAAUAUAGAAACAAGAAAAGAGGAAAUUCCUACAAAAAAAAAAAUCAGAAAUUGAAAAGUCAAAAAAUGUGCUACAAAAAA